GCAGACUGGAUGGCCUCUGGUCCUUGUAGUUACGAACAUGCGCAUCUUAGGUCAGCGGCCCUCUGGUUCUGUCUGACCCAACCCUGGAAUGAAGCAAAAUGGGACCAACGAUCUACAGGGACAAAGGGUCAGUGUGCUUCUGGUUGGGCUUUUAGUGCAGCUGGUGCCCUCGAAGGACGGAUGUUCCAGAAACCUGGCAAACUCGUGUCACUGAGUGAGCAGAACCUGCUGGACUGCUCUUGGUCUCAAGGCAACGAGGGCUGCUGUGGAGGCCUGAUGGAUUAUGCCUUCCAGCACGUUCGGAACAACGGAGGCCUGGACUCAGAGGAAUCUGAUCCAUAUCGUGCACAGGACGGAUCCUGCGAAUACACGCCGGAGUAUUCUGCUGCCAGUGUCACUGGCCUCGUGAACAUCCCUCAGCAGGGGGCGUCCCUUCUGGUGGCGGAGGCAGCUGUGGGGCCCGUCUCUGCCGCUGUCCCCGCAAGCCUGGAUCCCUUCCGGGUCUAUAAAGAAGGCAUUUAUUAUGAUCCAAACUGCAGCAGUGAAGACCUGGAUCACGGUACUCUGGUGGUUGGCUAUGGCUCUCAAGGAGAAGAACCCGAGAACCAAAAAUACUGGAUUGUCAAGAACAGCGGGGGCAGGGACCGGGGCACGCAGGGCUACGUGCUGUUGGCCAAGGACCGGGACAACCAGUGUGGAAUCGCCACCAUGGCCCGCUUUCCUGUCGUGUGAGCUGAGGAUGCAAAGAAGGCCUUGACUGGGGACAGAAUGUCUGGAAAACGAAUUUUAUUUUAAAGCUGACCACACCUUACUGUGUGGCUGAAACACUUGAAUCACCGAAGAUCCCACUUAUGAUUUGAUUCUGUGACUGUUCACACUGGAGACAUCACUACUUCCUUACUCCCUGCUCUAAUCAGUGUUGUGUGAGUCACUUGCUUCAUGACUUUUGAAUUUUCAUGUUUUAAAAGGUUGCAGAAAGUUCCACCUUUUAAAAUAUGGGGCGCCUGGGUGGCUCCGUCAGUUAAACAUCUGCUUUCGGCUCAGGUCAUGAUCUCUGGGUCUUGGGAUCAAGCCCCAUGUUGGGCUUCCUGCUCUGCAGAGAGUCUGCUUCUCUCUCUCUCUCUCUCCCUCUGCCCCUCCCCACCAAUCUUUCUUUCUCUCUCAAAUAAAUAAAUAAAAUAUUUUUUAAAAUAAAUAAUAAAUAAUAUUUACUUGCAUAUGCUGAGGUGUGAUUCUUUCUGUUUUCUUAAGAUUUUAUUUAUUUGAGAAAGAGAGAGAGAGAGCAUUAGUGGGGGGAGGGGCAGAGAGAGAAGCAGGCUCUCCCACUGAGCAGGGAGCCUGAUGCACGGCUCUAUCCCAGGGCUCUGAGAUCAUGACCUGAGCUGAAUUCAGAUGCUUAACCCACUGAGCUACCCAGGCACCCCUUUCUGUUUUUAAUACACAAACUUCUUUAUAGUUAAAAAUGUAAUGGUCUGUAGGGAGGAAGAAAUCAUCUUAUUUCCUCUAAAAUUCUUCCAACUGGUUUGAGAAUUUAAUUGACAUGAGACAGAUUAAUGGGAGAAAAAAAACCCACGAAGUUUUAUUACGCAGGCACAGAGGGCCAAAGAAAUGACCAAGGAAGGCAGAGUUGUUUUGUUUGUUUUGGCAGAUGUUAUAAAUUUUAAACAAAGACAAUAAUGUGUGAGAAAUUGACAGGAUAGAGAAAACAGAUGUGUGAGAGCUUUAAAUCGCAGGAAUUCUAAGUGGAAUUUGGGCUGAGGUUGUAGAUUAGUAAAAAAGCCACAAGGUUUGUUUCUAUGGCUUUCUGAGCUUUGAAGUCCCAUCUGUGCUGCUAAGGAUGUGUUUUUACUUCGUAGUACAGGGAGGGUACCUCUCAUAUGGGAGACACGUUUCCUGCUUUCGGGGGACAGAGGACAGUCUGGGUGUCCUCGCACCAGCUCUUUCCCAAGUAGCUUCGAUUCUAGAUAAUCAACGUACCAUUGUGGCACAUUUUGGGAUGUCCUCUCUGGACCCCACAGUUUUAGAGUUUCUCUAAAACUCUCCUGGACGUUUUAUAGACUACUAGCUGAGCUGGUGACUGUGGAGAGAGAAAUCCCGUUAGUAAAUGAGUGGUAAGAAAUCUGCAAACAGUGAAGAGAGCAUAGAUUAGAAUGAGGGUGAAUAAAAGGGGUACAGGCUUCCAGUUAUGGAGAAUAAGUCACAGGAAUAAAAGGCACAGCAUAGGGAAUAUCGCCGAUGGUGCUGUAAGUGCGUUGUACUCGUACCGUGAGACUGACAAACAAGAGCUACCCCUGUGGUGAGCAUAGCUUACUGUGUAGGGUUGGCAGAUUACUGUGUUGUGCACCUGAAACUAAUGUAACAUUGGGUGUCAUCUAUACUCAAAACAUUUGGGGGGGAAAAAAAGGCAUGAGGAUGAAUAAACAGAAAAGAACACAUUUCCCCACACCUCAUGGAACCAGUCCCACAACCCUCGAAACAGACCAGCCCAAUCAAAUGUCUGUGUUUCAUUUAUCUGUUGGAAAAUAUUAGUCCUUUUUUUUAAAAAAAAAAAAACAGAUUUAAGUUAGAUAUUGUGUGUCUCACGGGUUUACCUAAAAGCAACAUUUUUCACUGAUGAUUGGGCAAGCGCCCCUGCUGGGAAGACCCUGUCCUAGGACGUGAUGAUUUGGAGAUUCGGAUUCCCGCAGAGGCUGUUACCUCCUGACUGGAGUAUUCUCAAAGCUAGCAUAGUGGUACUGAACCUCGUUCCAUUACCAGAGAGAGUUUUAGGAUUGCCUUUUCUAAUUCACAAUCUCUGAAACUUGGGAAUAAGAUCCUUAAUGCUGAAAAGAACUUGGAAUUCUGAUACAUCAGCAGAU